CUGAGAGCCUCGCGAGCAGGUCGGAGCACGAGGGCGGCGAGCACUUUGAGGUAGACGAGACACCCCGGGGAUCUUUUUGGGGAGUGUGCGCGUGGUUUCCCGCCUCGGACGGACAGCUGGGACCCGGGUCCUCCAUCUUUAAAGCGCAGACAGCAUGGCGACGCAUUUCCGGAGCGGACCAGCCUUCGGGCUCUCUGCCGAGGUCAAGAGUAAGCUUGCAGGGAAGUAUGACCCCCAGAAGGAGGAGGAGCUGAGGCUGUGGAUCCAGGAUGUGACGGGCAAACGGAUCGGGGACAACUUCAUGGAGAGUCUGAAGGACGGCGUCCUGCUGUGCGAACUCAUCAACGUGCUGCAGCCGGGCUCCGUGAGGAAGAUCAACCGCUCCAGCCAGAACUGGCACCAGCUGGAGAACAUCGGCAACUUCGUGCGGGCGAUCACGGAGUACGGCCUCAGGCUGCCCGACAUCUUCGAGGCCAACGACCUGUUCGAGAACGCCAACCACACGCAGGUCCAGUCCACCCUCAUGGCCCUGGCCGGGAUGAUGGGAACCAACAAGCUGGCCAGUCAAAAAGGCAUGACGUCUUACGGCACACGACGCCAUCUGUAUGAUUCCAAGAUGGCGAUGGACACUCCUCUGGACCAAUCAACUAUCAGCUUACAGAUGGGCACCAACAAGGGAGCCAGCCAGGCUGGCAUGACGGCCCCGGGGACCAGGAGGCACAUCUUUGACAGGAAGCUGGACCUGGAGAACUGCGACACCACCACCAUCUCUCUGCAGAUGGGAACCAACAAGCGGGCGUCCCAGCAGGGCAUGACCACCUACGGCCUGCCGCGCCAGGUCUACGACAACAAGUACUGCACCAACCCCACCGAGACCUUCAACAACGGCAGCGAGGCCGAGUUCGAUGGCUACAACCAGUACGACGACUAAGAGAACGCCUCAGACGGCCUCGCACCCCCCACCCCCCCCACCCCCGCCCCCCCUUUGCUUUCUGACUUCAGACAACCGACCGCGACUGUCUUAGUGACGAGCAACACCUCCCAGACUCUAACUCAUCGCCAGGCCCUAACGGAUUUUGUUUUUUAAAAUGUGAUCCAGAAGGAAAAUAGGAGGGAUUUAGCGUGUUUUUGGGGUUUGUGGUGGAGAUGUGUUAACGUUCUGAGUCUACUUUGAGUCUGUUUUUUUUGUAAAUCUGCAGAAAAUCUGCAGAGAAUUCUGAGUCUGUUUUCGCGGAUUGCGCGGCCCUGUGCAUCGCAGGUUGACGUCAUUGUCGUCUUCGUUGUCCCCGAUUUUUUUUAUUUUCCUAAACAUACUUUUACUCCAACCGUGCGUUCACACCGCCGCCGACUCGAGCUCCUAAAGUUACCGGAUUCAUCUUCAGUGGAAGCUUCUCUCAGCUGCAAGGAGGCUAAUCUGUCGGCGUCGCGUUUUGGGCGUCAAUCAGAAAGUUGAAAGUAGCUCAACUUUAUGCUAAUGAGCUAUGACGCGGUUCAGCGGCUAACGCCAAUCGGAAAAUAGACGUCCUUCACGCUGGCUGAUUCUGGAGAAACCUACAAUGUGAACUUUGGUUCCUACCAAAACAUUAAUUCUGAGAAAAUGGAGGAAAAGUUAAUAAUUGCUAGGUUACCUAUGAUAUAUGAUGUAACGUUGUUAGCAGAUAGGGACCGGUUAGCGUUAGCUUCCGGUCACAUGGUCUCCAGUUGGCGUUAGCUGCUGGUCACAUAGUUUUCCGUUAGCGUUAGCUGGCGGCCACAUGGUCUCCAGUUGGCGUUAGCUGGCGGCCACAUGGUCUCCAGUUGGCGUUAGCUGGCGGCCACAUGGUCUCCAGUUAGUGUUAGCUGGCGGCCACAUGGUCUCCAGUUGGCGUUAGCCGGCGGCCACAUCAGAAUCAGAAUCAGCUUUAUUCGCCAGGUAUGAGGACACAUACAAGGAAUUUGUCUUUGGAGCAUCGUUACUCACACUGUGCUUACACAUACAUAUCAACCAAAACAGAAAUAUAUACACAGUUAGCGUUAGCUGCCGGUCACAUGGUCUCCAGUUAGCGUUAGCUGCCGGCCACAUGGUCUCCAGUUAGCGUUAGCUGCCGGCCACAUGGUCUCUUAAGGUCCCUCACAGUGAAUCCUGCAAGAAUCAACAGAUGUUAGUCUGGCAGCUGCUCGCUCUGCUUGCACGCCGCUGCGGCUCAGCCGCUAAUGAGCGAGCUAACUGCUAACGAGUGAGCUAACCGCUAACAGACUCCGCUGCGACCAAUUAUCAAUACAAAUCCUGUCAUU